GUUGUUAACGGUUAAGCGGAGCCACAAGGGCAAGUAAGGUAUCUCGUCCGAUGCCAAUUCCACAAGAUAUCAGCAGUAAUCAUAUCAACACUCAGAGACCUCCGCGUGCACACUACGCACCCAGCGCUCUUCAUCGAAAAGGAUAUCCGUUUUUUGAAAAUUUUGAGGAAGGCUGCAAAGCAAUAAAAUUUUACACCUAAUUUCCCCUCCAUUUUCUCGCUUAUUUCCUCUCUCUCAAAGUUCCAGCUCAGGAGGUCCCAUGGAGUCUUCCUCUCCCUGGGGUUUCUUGCGUUUUUAACUCUCUUUCCCAGAUCAACAAUUUUCUUGGAAAGUCUAUAGGAAUUUGAAACGAGUUCUGAGAUUUUUUUUUUUUUUUUUUUGUGAAACUUAAGGCGUUUGUUGAGAUUUUUAGUUUUUUUUUUUUUAAAUUAUUUGAAUUGAAAUUUUACCGUUUGAUUCGGAAAUGCCGGCUCGUCGGUCGAGGCCGGAGAAGCAUGAUGAGGCAAAGCAGCUCCGGCGGGACCCAUACGAGGUCCUUGGCGUCUCCAGGAACUCCACCGACCAGGAAAUCAAGAGCGCGUACCGCAAAAUGGCUCUCAAAUACCAUCCUGACAAGAAUGCAAAUGAUCCAGAAGCUGCUGAUAUGUUUAAAGAAGUUACAUUUUCCUAUAAUAUCUUGUCUGAUUCGGACAAACGACGCCAAUAUGACUCAGCUGGUUUUGAGGCUGUUGAAUCUGAAAAUCAAGACUUGGAGCUAGACCUUUCAAGCUUGGGCACUGUGAACACUAUGUUUGCAGCACUUUUUAGUAAACUUGGUGUGCCUAUUAAGACCACUGUAUCAGCAACUGUCUUGGAGGAGGCACUUAAUGGCGUGGUCUCUAUUCAUCCACUUCCAUUGGGGCAACCUCUUUCUAGGAAGGUUGAAAAGCAAUGUGCUCACUUCUAUUCUGUCACAAUAACAGAAGAGGAAGCAAUGAAUGGCUUUGUCUGUCGAGUGCAAUCCUCUGACAAAAGCAAGUUCAAGUUGUUGUAUUUUGAUCAGGAAGGAAAUGGUGGACUGAGCCUCGCUCUACAGGAGGACAGUACCAAAACUGGAAAGGUUACAUCAGCUGGAAUGUAUUUCCUUCGAUUUCCUGUUUAUCGGUUGGAUCACACGGUCAACUCGAUUGCAGCCGCAAAGGAUCCUGAUGCUGCCUUCUUCAAGAAAUUGGAAGGUUUUCAGCCUUGUGAAAUAACUGAACUGAAGGCUGGCAACCAUGUUUUUGCUGUCUAUGGUGACAAUUUUUUUAAGAGUGCAAGCUACUCGAUAGAAUCUCUCUGUGCUGCACCUUUUGCAGAAGAAAAGGAAAAACUUAGAGAUGUUGAAGCUCAAAUUCUUGCUAAAAGGGUAGAGAUAUCCAAGUUCGAAACUGAAUACAGGGAGGUGUUGGCACAAUUUACAGAAAUGACUGGUAGAUAUGCACAAGAAAUGCAAGAGAUUGAUGAGCUUCUUAAACAAAGGAAUGAAAUUCAUGCCUCAUACACAAUUGCUCCACCAAUGAAGCGGAGUACAAGUAAGAGCAGGGUUAAGGGCCCCUUCAGAGAGAGCAAAGAUGGACCAUUGAGAGAUAAGAAACCUUCAAUAAGGGAUAGAACUAAGAAAAAGAAAUGGUUCAAUAUCCACCUAAAAGUUGACAAGAGAAAGCCUUGCUAAAUAUGGUAAAAUACGGAUGGAGAAAGCGGAGUCAUAUACAUGGGAUAUAAUAUCUGUGUCUGCACUCAUUAAUUUGUUCUGAUGGUUCGAUGCUCUGCAACAAAUUAUGAGGUUAAGUAAUUCCUUGACCUUGCUUUAAGUGCAAAUCAUUGUUGCUGUGGAAAUGCUCCAUUUCACCAGCUUUUUGAAGGAUCACAGCAGUUCAUUGCUGUUGUAAAAUUCCUUUUUUUUUUUUUUUUUUACUGUAUCAGUCAUUCUCGUGUUCCUUGUUGCUCAGAUUGUAAGCAAGCAUAUCUGUAAAUUUGCAUAACUUGCUCAUGAAGACCCGUUCAUCAGCUAAUGGGAAAAGGAAAGAGUUGACACUUUUUAUAUGUUGACAUGUUUUGUAACUUUGGAGCGCUGGACAAUAGGCCACUUACUUCACCUUUGAUAAUUUCUAGCAUUGUUAUUGCACAGGAGGUGACCAUUUUCGUUCUUUUACUUGUGGUUUUGUUACUCAACGGCAUUGAUGUGAUUUACCAUUUUCACAA